AUGUCGAACGAAAGUACGUCUCUCCCACAAUGGUCUGUUCCACCAGAACUCUUUAGAGAAUUCCAAGAAUUUAUGGUGUUCAAACAAUUACAACAUGUAGCUUUACCAAUGAGACAAAAAGAUUCAAAAUUGGAAGAAGGACUUAAUAUAUUACACAAUGCUUACAUAAGAGAGAAAAGAACCAUUACCGGAAAAGAUGAAGAAUAUGACCCUCUCGAAGAAUGUGAAAUUAAUUCUACAAGUUCCACAAAAACAAAUGGAGAAGAAAAGGAAGGAAAAGAAUACCUUACUAAAGAACAAAGACUUUAUGUUCUUGAAUCUUUUUCAUAUGAAACACUUAAGCAUAUGAAGAAUUGGAAAAAUAAAUCUCCAAAAGGAAAAGACAAACGCGAAGUUCUCAAGAAUGCAGUUCUUUUGGUAAAAACAAAAACGCAACUCAUUGAUUUCAUUCUUAGUUCUUUACCAUAA